AUGGUUGUGAGCACCCAGGUUGUGAGAAACCAGGUUGUGAGCUCCAUGGUUGUGAGCACCUUGGUUGUCAACACCCAGGUUGUGAGCAACUUGGAUGUGAGCACCAUGGUUGUGAGCACCAUGGUUGUGAGCACCAUGGUUGUGAGCACCAUGGUUGUGAGCACCCAGGUUGUGAGCAACCAGGUUGUGAGCUCCAUGGUUGUGAGCACCUUGGUUGUGAGCAACUUGGUUGUGAGCACCAUUGUUGUGAGCACCCAGAUUGUGAGCACCUUGGUUGUGAGCACCGAGGUUGUAGGCACCAUGGUUGUGAGCACCAUGGUUGUGAGCACCCAGGUUGUGAGCACCUUGGUUGUGAGCACCAUGGGUGUGAGCACCCAGGUUGUGAGAACUAUGGUUGCGAGUACCAUGGUUGUGAGCACAAUGUUUGUGAGCACAAUCGUUGUGAGCACCAUGGUUGUGAGCAUCAUGGUUAUGAGCACCAUGGUUGUGAGCACCAUAGUUGUGAGCACCAUGGUUGUGAGCACCAUGGUUUUGAGCACCACGGUUGUGAGCACCAUGAUUGUGUGCACCGUGGUUGUGAGCACCGAGGUUGUAGGCACCAUGGUUGUGAGCACCAUGGUUGUGAGCACCCAUGUUGUGAGCACCUUGGUUGUGAGCACCAUGGGUGUGAGCACCCAGGUUGUGAGAACUAUGGUUGUGAGUACCAUGGUUGUGAGCACCAUGUUUGUGAGCACAAUCGUUGUGAGCACAAUGGUUGUAAGAAUCAUGGUUAUGAGCACCAUGGUUGUGAGCACCAUAGUUGUGAGCACCAUGAUUGUGAGCACCAUGGUUGUGAGCACCAUGGUUUUGAGCACCACGGUUGUGAGCACCAUGAUUGUGUGCACCGUGGUUGUGAGCACCAUGGUUGUGAGCACCAUGAUUGUGUGCACCACGGUUGUGAGCACCACGGUUUUGAGCACCACGGUUGUGAGCACCAUGGUUGUGAGCACCAUGGUUGUGAGCACCAUGGUUGUUAACACCAUGGUUGUGAGCACCCAGGUUGUGAGCAUCAUGGUUGUGUGCACCAUGGUUGUGAGCACCUUGGUUGUGAGCACCCAGGUUGUGAGCACCAUGGUUGUAAUCACCAUGGUUUUGAUCACCAUGGUUGUGAUCACCAUGGUUGUGAGCACCCAGGUUGUGAACACCAUGGUUGUGAGCACCCAGGUUGUGAGAACCAUGGUUGUAAGCACCAUGGUUGUGAGCACCCAGGUUGUGAGCACCAUGGUUGAGUGCACCAUGGUUGUGAGCACCUUUGUUAUUGUGAGUACCAUGGUUGUGAGCACCAUCAUGGUGAGCACCAAGGUUGUGAGCACCAUGGUUGUGAGCACCAUGGUUGUGAGCACCCAGGUUGUGAGCACCAUGGUUAUGAGCACCAUGGUUGUGAGCAAUAUGGUUGUGAGCACCAUGGUUGUGAGCACCAUGGUUGUGAGCACCACGGUUGUGAGCAUCAUGGUUGUGAGCACCAUGGUUGAGUGCACCUGGUGCUCUGCUCUACCAAAGCUCAACUAA